CAUAGUUUUCAAUACAAACAGUCUCCUUUAUCUUAUGGCAGAGGGCCGGCGGUGCCAGGUCCAUCGGUGCCACCAUUACACUUUCACCUUUUAUCAUGCCAUUACACCUUUAUCUCUGCAUCUCAGAGGUCACCUGAAACCAAGCCCCACAUCUAUAUAAAAUGCCCUAAUCAGCCACACUGUAUUUUUCCUCACUACUUUACAUCGGGCAUUGAGAGCAUAACACUUCGUUCAUCAGUACGGACAACAACCCUAAGAGCGUUCUUUUUAACAUGGACAGCAUAUAUGGUAGGUAAAACAAGACUAUUAACGGAUUCUUAAAUUUAUACAACUGUAUAUCAAAAAAUAUUCAAACUGUUUUCUCUUCUAAACAAAAGCCUGAUUUUUAGGAACUUGGUACACAGGUACACCCCAAGCGGCGCUUACACAAGGAUCACAAAGCUAUAUAGGGCAAACAACACCUCUAACUAAGGAGUGCAGGAUGACGUCUGUAUCAACCAUGACGAGCAGCCUGGACAUCGCCCAAGCCACAGAAGCUCUAGAGCGAGACAUGCAUGCGUGGGACCUCUCAGACUCGCCACCGCCUGCGCUGCUAUUCCAGACCCCACCACCUCCUCCCCCCUCUCCUCAGCUGCUGCAGGAUCCUACAGGAUCGGGUCUGUGUGAGGAAACCAUUAUCGACAUCAAGCUUGCAACCCAUCACCUGGUGAUGUUGGCAUUAAACGCCUUUCUACAGGAAACAUGCUAUGGAUGUCGAACAGCUCAACCCAGUCAGGUGCAACACAGCUGUUUGUUCGAACUGCCCGAGUAUUACUUUGACACCUACUACGACGAUGUGAUGCUGAGGCUCAAGACAUUCCGAUUCAUCCCUGCCAUUCGCCUGUUUGUACGCUCGUACACAGACGAUGGGACUAAAACACAAUUCAGCAGAAUUGCAGAACACACCAUGACUGAACUGAGAUCAUCACAACAUAUAGUAUGCGCAAUUAACGACAAUAUUGCACAGUUGCUAGAAGCAAGUCGUUAUGCCCGUCGUGUUAAACCAGCCAUGCUUCGCAUGAUUGGUAACUACUGGGCUGGGAGACACCUGGUUUAAUGUAUGUUGUUCAGUAUUCAUUGUCUGUGUGAAUGAAAUAAAAAGACAUGUCAACACCUACAUCUUAGUCAUUCGCGGUCGACAUUGCUUAUACAAUAGAGAAAAGCAACAAUACCACGUUUCUCUGCUCCAAGA